GCUCAAGGAUGCCUAAACUAUCAAGUACACUUGAAGCCAAUAGAGUACAGGAGCUGGACUACCUUUUAACCCAGCUAAAACCACUGAUCUUGAAACAUGUAUCAGAUGCUUCUAAAUCUAACUCUACUUCUGUUGGUCCGAGAAUAUCUCCAUUAGAAUUAUCGAAAUUAGUCAACCUUGAAACUCCAAAUAAAGGUCAUGGUACAGAAGGUGUCUAUGAUCUAUUUGAGACAGUACUGAAGAAUUCUGUUGUGACAUGGCAUCCCGGGUUCUUGGAUAAGUUAUAUGCUUCAACUAAUCCAAUUGGUGUGGUUUCUGAUUUAUUAUUGAGUUUAUUGAAUACAAACAGUCAUGUUUACACUGUUUCACCCGUAUUAACUUUGAUUGAAAAGAAAAUUUCACAAUCUUAUGCUAAUUUGUUUGGUUAUACAGGGAAAUACGCAGGUGGUUUAACAUUCUCUGGUGGUUCAUGGUCAAAUAUCACAAGUUUACAUAUUGCAAGAUCUACUCUUUUCCCAUCAACAAAAUCACAAGGAAACAAUGGGUUCAACUUUGCUGUUUUCGCCUCUAAACAUGCACAUUACUCUGUGGAGAAAGCUGCUAUAUUAUUAGGAUUAGGUGCCCAAAAUGUUUUUAAAGUUGACGUUGAUGCCCAAGGUAUAAUGGAUGUUCAGGAUUUAGAUGCUAAAAUUUUAGAAAGUAAAGAGAAAGGAUACACACCACUAUAUGUGAAUGCAACUGCGGGUACUACUGUUUUCGGCUCAUUUGAUCCCUUUGAUGAAAUUAGUGAGGUUGCCAAAAAACAUAAUAUUUGGUUUCAUAUAGAUGGUUCAUGGGGUGGUAAUGUUGUAUUCAGUGAAAAGUACAAGUAUAAGUUAGCAGGUGCAUCCAAGGCUAAUUCCAUCACAGCGAACCCUCAUAAAUUAUUAGGUGUUCCUACAACUUGCUCCUUUCUAUUAUUACCAGAUGAAAGGGUAUUCCAAACUGCAAAUUCAUUAGCUGCUCCAUAUCUAUUUCAUAGUGCAGAAGCUGAUGACACUUUUUAUGAUUUGGCUGAUGGUACUAUGGGCUGUGGUCGCCGUCCAGAUGCAUUGAAACUUUACAUGGGGUGGUAUUUCUAUGGGAAAGAAGGUUAUGAACAAAGAAUCAAUCAUGCAUUAGAUAUCUCAAGUUAUUUUGCUCAAAAAUUAGCAGAUACACCUUCAAAAUUCAAGUUGGUCUCUACAAACCCACCUCCAUGUAUGCAAGUUUGUUUCUUUUUCAACAAAGAUGGUAAAUUCGAAAAUAAGGAGGAAAAUACUAGAGUUACCAUAGAUAUUGUGGCCAAGUUACACGAAUCUGGGAAAUUUUUGAUUGAUUAUGCCCCUGCUGCAGGUGUUGAAGGAGGAGAAUUCUUUAGAGUUGUAUUUGUCAGUCCAGUAGUGGAUAGUGAUUUGGUUGAUGACUUGUUUGAUUCAAUUAUUGAUAUUGGGAACCAGUUAUAGGAUUUUUGAACUUAGAAUAUACGAUGAUAGAACUCUGUUAUUAAUAUUCUUUGUACAUAAACCCGUUAAUAUUCAUCUUAUAUACACGUAACCUCUCCCAAUCAUAUUUUUUUCUCAUUCCUUGUUUGAACUAUCAAGUUGCUUUAAUUUUUUGAACUCCUCCAUUGGAUCAAAGUUUCCAGAGGAUAAUUUGUCAUAAGUUUCAUCGUAUUUACCUGUUGAUAAUGGAGCAUUACCUCUAAACCUUUUUGACAUAUCAAACCACCCUCUUUUACAUUCCCAAAAGGACUUCAUUUGUGCUUUACAUAGCUCUGGGAGGUUUUCAGCCAGUUCUGGAUUCUCUAUGCAUUCCUUUGGAGUAUGUCUCUCUAUCAGCACACAAGGGGAUCUCUGUAAACAUAUAGCAACCGCUUUUCUUUGAUCUUUGCAACUAGGGUCCGAUGUUAGUAUGAUAACAACUAUAAGGCCUAUAUUGAUGAUACUCAC